AUUCGAGUGUCUCAAGGUUUUCUACAUGAGUAUCGGGAUGGAAUUUCCAUUAUAGUGUUCUUCGUCAAUGAUUGAAUUGUUGAGGUAGAUCAGUUUUGUUUGUGAGUGUCGUUUUGUUGAAGAUACGCCAGCAUUGUUCAGGCGCGUCCAUAGGUUUUUUCUAGAGGGGGGGUACUUACAAAGUGGAGAAAUUGGGAUCAUAAAUUUGGGUUGGCUAGUAAUACACCGUCGAAAUACAUUUUUGGGCUAGGUACCAGUAAAAAUGUACACAGCCAGAGUUUGAGCUGGUUGUGGUAAACUGUUGAGUCUUCUACUGAUCAUGACCCACGCAUUUGAAUAGGGGAAAAAUCUUAAGACCGUGGUGGCCAUGGCAACAAAUUAGUUCCGGCAUGCUCAAAGUAGUCUAACGAUCCCCUUGCCUCAUAUGAUUGGGAAUUAUCCUGUAGGAAAGUUGCGUUUUGGUGUCCUAAGAUAUGGAAUCAAAUAUGGCUCCACUAUUUUUUGUAUGUAACGCUGCGUGGUCAUGCUACCUCUGAUGAACACUAAAAGUGAUCUAGAGCCGUAGGCAAUGGCACCCCACAUCAGAAUCCCAACAGUACGAUGAACAUGCCACUCAACAUGAAAUUGGGUAUCACAGUGUUCACCACGUGGUCUAGGGUUAAAGGUAACACCAAAAACAGAUCACUUGGUCAUCCGCACCAAUCGCAGAGUACCCCGUUUGGGGGUGAUGUUAGUAGGCUGGGGAGGAAACAAUGGUUCGACCUUCACAGCUGCUUUGAUUGCCAACAAGCUUGGCCUUUCCUGGCCCACCAGAAAUGGAACACAAAGCGCAAAUUGGUAUGGUUCCGUAACAAAAUCAGGCACAGUGAAUUUAGGCACGAAUGUGAACGUGCCAUUGGGUAACCUGUUGCCUUCAGUUGAUCCAAACGAUAUAGUUGUGGAUGGCUGGGAUAUAAGUGGUAAAGAUCUGAUAGAAUCGAUGGAGAGGGCAAGAGUUCUGGAACCUAGCCUAAUGGAGAUGUUGAAACCGCAUAUGAAGAAGUAUAAACCGAGGGCUUCCGUAUAUGUACCUGAUUUCAUUGCUGCCAACCAGUCUUCAAGAGCCGACAACAUCAUAGAAGGCAGCAAGAAGAAACAAAUAAAUCAGAUAUGCAGAGACAUAGAUUCGUUUCGAUCCAAGGAGCGUCUGGAGAGGGUUAUUGUCCUCUGGACUGCGAACACAGAGCGCUUCUGCGACAUAAUAGCAGGAGUGAACGACACCGCCGAUAACCUGAGGGAGGCCAUAGAAGAGAACCACGAAGAAGUAUCACCCUCCACCAUGUUCGCUUACGCUGCCAUCAGCAUGGGAUGUCCCUACAUCAACGGAUCCCCGCAGAACACUUUCGUUCCGGGCCUGAUCGAAUUUGCAGAAAAAAAGGGUGUUUUCAUUGCCGGCGACGAUUUUAAAUCCGGCCAGACCAAAUUUAAGAGCGUCAUCGUCGACUUCUUGGUCUCUGCCGGGAUCAAGCCUGUCAGCAUUGUAAGUUAUAACCAUCUAGGGAACAAUGAUGGCAAAAAUCUGUCAGCACCUGCUCAAUUCCGUUCGAAGGAGAUUUCGAAGAGUAACGUUGUGGACGAUAUGGUGAAGUCCAAUGAUGUUUUGUAUCAGCCUGGGGAGAAACCUGAUCACGUGGUUGUCAUCAAAUACGUUCCCUAUGUUGGUGACUCCAAACGUGCAAUGGACGAAUACGUCUCAGAGAUCAUGAUGGGUGGUCUGAACACCCUCGCGGUCCACAACACAUGUGAAGACUCCCUUCUGGCAACUCCAUUGAUACUUGAUCUGGUCAUAUUGACCGAGCUCUGUACAAGAAUCAAAAUAAAGAAAUCAGACCAGACAGAUCAAGAGUUCACUGGUUUCCAUUCAGUUCUUUCGAUAUUGAGCUAUCUGUGCAAAGCGCCAUUGGUACCUAAUGGUACUCCUGUUGUGAAUGCCCUCUUCAGGCAGAGAGCUUGCAUAGAGAACAUCAUGAGGGCUUGUUUGGGAUUGCCACCAGACAACAACAUGUUGUUGGAGUAUAAGCUUCCAAUAUUGAUGGAAGAAGUUGUUAAGGAACCGCCCACUAAGAAGUUGAAUUAUGAACUUGGAGAUAAUUAUUAAUCUUGGGUUAUUUCUUCUGCUAUUGGAUGUCGUUUCAUUAUAUAGCGUAGGAAUACAUAUUUUGUAACAUGUUAUGUAUUAUGUUAUUGGUGGAGGAUAAGUUUUUUAUUUUUAACGUCAGAAUAUUUUAGAGUAAAACUGAGAAAACUGUAGCAUAUCAAACUCAAUAUGCAUUUCAUUGAAACAACUGAAAAUACGGUAAUAACAAUUUCGAAAUUUAAAGUUUUUUUUUUAUUUUCAUUGAUCUGAUAUGCAACAUUUACUUAUUUGUUGAAAAUUUAAAAAGUAAAACUGACCAAAUUGUUUCAAGAUCAAUAAAUGAACAUACUUAACAA